UUGAACUCGAGUCAGAAGAGGCAAGUCCAGUCUCGAAAUGGAGGUAAAACUGCCACCCGGUCACCCUCUUCGGCCCGACUUCAGCUGUUGCCAUCACUGCUGGAGGGAGGAGGGCCAUGAUCCAAAAGAAUCAGAGCAGUUGAGAAAAGUGUUCAUUGGUGGUCUGAGUUUUGAAACUAAAGAUGAUAGUUUAAGAGAACAUUUUGAGAAAUGGGGCCCACUCACAGAUCGUGUGGGAAUGAGAGGCCCCCAAACAAAACGUUCCAGGGGCUUUGGUUCUGUGACUUACUCUUGUGUUGAAGACGCGGAUGCAGCAAUGUGUGCUCGACCACACGAGGUUGGUGGGCGUGUAGUGGAACCAAAGAGAGCUGCUUCUAGAGCGGAUUCUGUAAAGCCUGGUGCCCACCUAACAGUGAAGAACAUUUUUGUUGGUGGUAUUAAAGAAGAUACAGAAGAAUAUAAUUUGAGAGACUACUUUGAAAAGUAUGGCAAAAUUGAAACCAUGGACGUUAUGGAAGACAAGCAGAGUGGAAAAAAAAGGGGAUUUGCUUUUGUAACUUUUGAUGAUCCUGAUACAGUUGAUAAAAUUGUUGGUAAGUAGCAAUUUAUUGGAACUUGAAAUAGAAAGUUAGAAGUGCUUUCUCUGUUUUGAACUAGAUUUGCUAAAUUGCUUAUACUCUUGUGUUGCUUGUAAUAGAAUAUAAA